AUGUGUGCUUGGGUGUUAGCUGUUGGGAUAUCUCUAUUUCUGUGUUUAGGAGUGGUGUAUCUGGUGUAUCUUCGUCAUGUUAACAAGGGUACAAGAAAUUUCUGGCCAGCAACCGUUAAACUCGAUGGCAAAACCGCUGUUAUUACGACCAAUGGCAGUGAUAUCGGCGUGGAAGCGGCCAGGCAGAUGGCAGCUAGAGGAGCUCGGAUAGUCCUUGCCUGCAGUGACCAGAGGAAAGUGAACGAAGCCAUGGUCGACACCGUCAGCUCCAGCCACGUUCCGCAGGUGACCUGGAGGCACUUGGACACCUCCUCCCUGGCCUCUGUUAAUGACUUCGUAGACGCCUUCGUCAGGAGAGAAGAGAGGAUAGAUAUACUGGUAAUGGCAGCGUGUACCGGCGGGGCUGUCACUCGAGAGCUGACGGCUGACGGCCUGGAAGUCACCAUGGCCACGAACCACUUUGGCCAUUUUCUCUUGGUAAAUCGCCUUAUCGGUUUGUUACGGAAACACAAAUCAAGUCGGGUUAUAGUGUUGGCAGCUUCAGCUCACUAUAUGCUCUCCACCAUCACUCCCAAGAAUUUGAAUUUCGAACGUGCGAAAUACGGGGGUCUGCGUGCCUUCGCUCAGUCAAUGCUCUGCAACAUUCUGAUGUCUAAUUGCUUGGCUGACGCAACGGCUCAUACAGGCAUGACCGUCAAUUCCUUCUGUCCGGGUAUGGUGUUAUCAUUACCUUACAUCAGAGGCAGCAAUUUCCUGGCGCGCCUCUACUACAUCUUACUUCAGUUCGUUACAAGGAGCAUUUCUGGAAGACUCUCGAAGAUGUCUGGUCUGGCUUCGAAAAGUCUAGUGCAGAGAGGUGGUUCUGAGACUUCAACCACAGUGGAAAAGAAGAUGCGAAAUUGCUGCCCCCUCGUCCAUUCUGAUCAUUUCGAUGGCGUCACAUCGAUCGUCCUAAUGUUACCCCUCAGCCAUGCUAGUGAUGCCCACUCAGUGGUGAUCCUUCCAAAUGCUCUCCUUGUCUGA